AUGCCAGUGAAAUGUUGUUUCCACAGGUCAGAUGCUGGGGAAACCAUGGCCUGGUCUGAGUCUGUGGAUACAGUACUAUCCAAUAAAGAGGGCCUGGCAGCUUUUCGGACAUUUCUGAAGUCUGAGUUCAGUGAGGAGAAUGUGGAGUUCUGGCUGGCCUGCGAGGACUUCAAGAAAACCAAAUCCUCCACCAAGAUCGCCUUGAAAGCCCAGAAGAUUUAUUCUGACUUUAUACAAGCUGAUGCUCCAAAGGAGAUUAAUAUUGACUUCCAUACCAAAAAUGACAUCUCCCAGAACAUCUCUGAGCCCACCCUCAGCUGCUUUGAUGCUGCUCAGAGCUCAAUCUACUGUCUCAUGGCAAAGGACUCUUUUCCCAGGUUUCUGAGGUCAGAAGUGUACAAGGAACUGGUGAAGAAGUACCAGGACAGAAAUCAGAAGAGAUGGCUCCCAUUUCUGUGAGGAAAAACACUGAGGCUUUUAGGAAUUGAUAAUGUCUCCCAUUGCAAUUCAGUACAGAUGAUUAUUCAUUAUUAAAGUGAUUGCAGAAGCCAAUUUCAAGAAUCACCUGUGCCAGCUUGUUUUUAAGUACAAAUUGCAUGUGAUGCUUUCUAAUAAAAGUAGAGAAAUAUUCAA